CACGCCCUUUCUUGUUGCGUCCUCCAUUACGCCUUUUAGAAGUCUAAAAAUACACACAAUGCUUCAAUUAUUCUUUGAUUAUUGACUAGACUAGGGCUAUAUUCUAUUGAAGCUAAACCUAACCAUACACCAGACAUCGACAUAAAGCAAAUGACCAUACAAUACCAAAUAGUGUGCAACAUAAUACAAGAUAUUUCUACAAAUCAAAAGGAUUACCAUAGUUGAUAAGCCCGUGUAAGAAAUCAACGAUUUAUGCUCAGGAAAACUGAUCUGUGAUCCGAUUCAGAAAAAAACGUGGGAAAUGAGGUAAAAAAUAAAUCUGUUCUAAUAUCGACAUCAAAUAAUGGAACCUGCAGAUUUGGCAAGACGUUACAAGAGAAAUGGUAACUAGGGAUAAUUUUGAACUGUAUGUGUGGAUAUGAACGCUUUCAUAGAUGAAAUAAUGAUGAAAAUCCGAAUAAAUUUCCAUGUGAUAAAAAUUGCCCACCAUCUUGACUGCGUGCGGAUGAAAAAGACUGAACAAAAUAGUUCCCCAUACGACAUUGAUUGUUGACAGAUUCCUUAUUUUAAUAUCAAAAACUAUGUUUCAAAAGGGUGCCAGAUUAAUAUAAUAAAAUAUGAAUGAAAUUCAACAUAUAAAUCUUCUAAUAUAUGGAGAACUAAUUUAGAACUAUUUUUUAACAGGUGCUUCGCUUUUAAUUUGUGCUGCCAUCUUUAUGUUAAGAUAAACUUCCGGGUUAUUACUUCCGGUGAAAACAUAUUACACAUUGAUUGUAUUCUUUUCCUUUAUUAGAGAUAUGAACUUAUCCAUAUCAUCAAGUUGCAUAAACAUAGCCAAGGUGAGGUGGUCUUUCUUGUGACACGCACAUCACUGCAGUGGAUUAGGCUAUGGUUCGUUCUAGCAUACUAUGGCUUUCACCUUCAAACUACAGCUUCUUGUAUGACUCGAAUCAAGCAAAGCUGGUUAAAUUGAUAAUUAUCAUGUAUAAGGUGUGAAAUUCCACCAAAAUGACACUGGUUCAACAUGAAUCUGGAUGUGAUGUUACUGUUGCUAAAGAUGAAGUAACCAUCAAGGUUGAAUCACAAAUAGUAGAUGGCAAGAAAGUGAUGAAGAAAAGCUUCAUUUGUCAAUGUGGAAAGACAUUUAAUCAGAGAUAUUUAUGGCAGAGACACAAUGUACAACAUACUGGAUCCCGUAACUUCAUUUGUGACAUCUGCAAUAAGGCAUUUGGUCUCAGCAGUACAUUGAACAGACACAAGGUGGUCCAUGCAGAUGAAUCUCAACGCAAACACAAAUGUCCCACCUGUGACAAAGCAUUCCAUCUCUCAGGUGUCCUUAGAGACCACAUCAAGACUCACACAAGGGACGUGACAUUUGAUUGUGCUCACUGUGGAAAAAAGUUCCUGAAAAAGACCAAUCUUGGCCAUCAUUUAGAUGUGAUGCACACAGAGAAAUCCAUCAGCUGUGGUAGCUGUCCUAAGAAGUUCCCAACAGAAAGUAUAUUAAAGGCCCACACCUUACAGUGGCAUAGAACACAACAACAGCAGUGCCAAUACUGUAACCUACAGGUGAAUUCUAAAUGGGAACUGUCACAGCAUGAACAACAUUGUGAUGCAUUGAGACCCAUCAAACGUAAACCUAGUUGCAAUACAGUCCAUCUGAAUAAUGGACUGAAAACAAUUAAGAUUUCUUAUCCUAGCUCGAGAAAGAGUAGAAAGGAUAAGGAAAGAAAGGAAGGGAUAACAGCUAGUGACACAGUUACUUCAGUAACCCAUACAGAAGUUGGAGGUAAGGAACAGUCAAGUUUGCCUUCAACUGAAGCAUUGCCUCAGCAAAAUAAGUCUAGUCAGCCAAUUGUUACAUUGGAUCAAAAUGAUGAAGGGGUGCAAGGAACAGUUAAGGAACCAUCAGAUAAAGAUAAGACUAGUUCAUCAACCACAUCAGAUAAAGACAAGUCUAGUCCAUCAACCACAUCAGAUAAAGAUAAGAUUGGUCCAUCAACCACGUCAGACAAUGACAAGACGAGUCCAUCAACCACAUCAGAUAAAGACAAGACUAGUCCAUCAACCACAUCAGAUAAAGACAAGACUAGUCCAUCAACCACAUCAGAUAAAGAUGAGACUAGUCCAUCAACAACAGCUCAAGUUUAUUCGACUUUAGUUUCCCCUAUAUCCAGAAGCCAGGCGAACAAAACACAGGAGAAAAUAUUAAAUAUGAGCCAUGCAGAACCACAAAAUAUGAACCUGUCAGUUAGUGGUAUUCGUUAUGUUCCAAUUGUUCCAGCUAAUAGUGAUGUCACUAAGAUUGAUUCCACGGGUAGGACGCAAGGUGUUCGACCUAACAUAAAUAUGCUUGCAGUUCCUGCUGGAAUUAAACCUGGAUCCCUUGUAAUAGUCCCAGGUACACACCCAUUAAAUUCAACAAAAAACAUAUCAACAAAACUGAAGGCGAACCAAGACAUGCCUGCAAUAUCAAAAAAGAAAAGGAAACCGAGCUCCAUUAUUGAUAAAAAACAAAACAUUAUAUCUUCAGCAUCCAAUAAACUGUCCAAGUCUAUUUUACAAUCUGAUGUGUCAACAUCUAAAACGAUUAUCACAGCUAUGUCACCUCAUCAAGUAGAAACCGUAAAGAAAACACAAAAGAAAACAGUAACUAAGCCAUCAUCUUUGAAUUUAACUAGUGUGACAUUGUCAAAAACAAUCAUACCAUCUUCAAGUGAAACUCAAAAGGACUCCCAUGUUGUAAUUCCCAAGGAUAGCCCCAUUGGUAUGUGUCUGCAUAAGGAAAGUCCAGACACGCCACAACCUUAUCUCUCUCAGUAUCUUAGCAACUCUGAUAUAUCAAACUUUAACUUAGAGGAGGUUUGCAUUAUGUCCAGUGAAUCUGUUUCAAACCCUGAAGGAGGGGUUGAAAUUAUAGCUUCCAAUGAUUUUUCUAAUCCUGAGGAGAGGCUGAUUGUACCAAUUGAUGAUGUAUCUAAUGUAGUAAUUAUACCAAUGUCAACUGACAAUGUUUAUGAAGAACAAGACCUGUCCAUAAAUGCAGAUAUCUCUAACCCUACAGAAGAGGUACUCAUAUUAAAUGAGGAGUCAAUAUUAACUGACAAUAUUGUAACAUCUGAGCAUAUUGAAAUACCUACUGGUGAUAUAUCGAACCACGUAAAAGCUCCUAAUGAUGAUUCCCUUCAGAGCUCAACCAUUACUAGUCAAGUUAUUUUUAAUCCUGUUGAGAGGGAACACAUAGAAAUUGAAACCAUAGCAACCCCAGAUUUGCUAGUGGAGCCAUCUAUGCUAACAAGUACAAAAAGUAACAGAACUGAAAUGUCCAAUGCUGAACUAAAUCCAAAGUCUGAAAGCAAACAAAAGCUAACAUUUCAGAAAAAGCAACAGAAAAAUAUGAAAGAGAAAUUAUCAAUUCAGCCUGUAAAAUUAAAUGAAUACUUUAACUAUAUGUUGACACAAAUAGAUCCAGAGAGUAAUAAAAUCCCAUGUGAAGACAAUAAUGACUCUAAUCCUUCAUCUACAGGGGUAGGACAUAUUCAAGGGCAAAUGUUUGAUCCACUGGAGAAUCCACAAGAAACAAACUGCAAAAAGUGA